AUGAUGCUGUUGUAUGCAGGCAAACGUCUCAUUGGUCUACAAGCGGGCUGCAUCGUCGACGAAGGAAAAAUGCUUGUCUGGCGUUCAGCGCGAGUUGCACACAAUCUUGAAGGCCAGGGUCUCCAACGAAAAUUAGCUGUAGAAUUGGGCAAACAUGUACAAGCAAACUUUCCCGAAGUCUCUAGAAUACGAACGGCGUCUCAUCUAGAAUCUCAAAGGAAAAGUAGGAAUUCGUUUCAGAAAAUUCUUGAGAGAGAUGAGCUGUCAUUUUUUGUGGAAGAGAAGUCCGCGAGAAAAUUUGACAGACUGAAUUUCCGCACGAGCCUUAGAACGGAAGAUGAAUUUCAAGUACAGUCAUACACCAAAGAGUACUUCGCUAGCUUUAUCCUGUCGUCCUCGGUGAUCACUGAGCUGUGUCCUAACAAUAUCCUUGUGUUUGACUGGUGCCCGUACGAGCCCCUCCUUUCAAAUGUCGACUUAAUCCUGAAAGAAAACCAUAACACCCACUUCUUUGCAGACAAAAAUUCCGUCGAAGCCUCUCCGAAAUCUUUCAGCUAA